AUGGUUGCCGAGGCUCUUCAAUCUGGGAAACCGAGGCUCUUGUUGACGGCUGCUGUGGCGGCCGAUGUGGAUAUGAUGACCGGCUACGAUGUACCGGAAAUGGUCAAUUCUCUCGACUUUCUCAACGUGAUGACUUAUGACUUCUGGUACCCCUCUGCUAGUGGUGGGGAAACGGGAACGAAUUCGGCUCUAUAUAAUAGAGCCGGUUUGCUACCACCACAAAGUCAAUACAAUACGAACUGGACUGCUCACGCAUGGCACAAUAGAGGAUUCCCCAAGGCGAAAAUUGUGAUCGGCAUUGAACCCUACGGACAUGGAUGGGUGUUGAAGAAUUCAUCUGCCAUUCAACCAGGUUCUAUUGGCAACACCGUGGCUCCCGCUCACCACUUCAGCGACGAAGUCGGCAUGGCUGCUUAUUUUGAGAUUUGUGAAAUGCUGGCUGCUGGAGCGACGAGAUAUUGGCAGGCUGAGCAAAAAGUGCCAUGGUUGAUCAUUGGAAAACAGUGGUGGAGCUAUGAUGAUGUGCAAUCGGUCAAGAUCAAGAUGGCCUACAUCAAGGCGAAUGGCUUUGGUGGAGCGAUGGUGUGGGCAUUGGAUCUAGAUGAUUUCAAUGGGAAAUGCUCGAAUGGUGGAGGGAAACUCUAUCCAAUCAUUGCCACAAUUGCCCAGGAGUUGGCCGGAAUCAUUAUU